AUGGCGCCCAAGAUCGACCCCAACGAAGUGAAGGUAUGUGGCGACUCUCUUGCAGCGAAUGCUAACACGGGCAGAUUAUCUACCUCCGUACCACCGGUGGUGAGGUCGGUGCUCCCUCUGCCCUGGCCCCGAAGAUCGGUCCGCUGGGUCUGGUACGUUGACACGCAUCGCCGACGGAUGGCUAACAUGACGCAGGCGCCGAAGAAGGUCGGUGAAGAUAUUGCCAAGGCUUCGAGCGAGUGGAAGGGUCUCCGUGUGACGAUCCAGCUCACCGUCCAGAACCGUCAGGCUGCGGUGGCUGUGGUUCCUUCGGCCUCGUCGCUGGUCAUUAAGGCUCUGAAGGAGCCGCCGCGCGACCGCAAGAAGGUGAAGAACGUGAAGCACAGCGGCAAUAUCCCUCUGGAUGAGAUCAUUGAGAUUGCGCGGACCAUGCGCUUCAAGUCGUUCGGCAAGACCCUUGCGGCGACUGUGAAGGAGAUCCUGGGUACCUGCCAGAGUGUCGGCUGCACUGUCGACAAGCAGGCGCCGCACGAUGUUAUCGAGGCCAUCGACGAGGGCUCGGUCGAGAUCCCCGCCGAGUAA